AUGAAUAUGGAGGAGUCGAUUCGUGAUAUUUUUAUGUUAAUGGCAUUGUUUCAUUCAGAGGAAUAUAUCCAGACUACAUGGAAACAGGUGGUGGGAGCUCGUCUAAAGGCAAUGGCGACCUCUGGUUAUCUGCGGAUGUCUAAGGCUUAUCGGAAAUUGGAGCAAGUGUUUGAGAUCUGGAUGCAUGGCGUUCAAUAG